GGCACUUCCUGUUUUCUACAGUUGUCGCUCAUGAACAGAGAAGUUUGGCUUAAGAAAGAAAAAAACUUACUUUUAAGAUGACUUUUCCUUCGAAGGCAACUAGAUUGCUUACCAGAAAGGAAACCCAGAGCUGAGGGAGAAGGACACUGCUUGGCCCAUCUAGUCUCCUGAGCUUCUACAAGACACUUGAACUUGGACAGAAAUGUUAAGAAAAUCCUUCUUUGUGGGCCAAUGGUUACAGGAAGCUCAUUACAGACCAUGUUGUGUGAUGAGGUGUUUCCAGCCCUAGUGUGUAUAGGAAGUGCUUUACGGACUUCAUUUUGUGAUAAGGUUCUUAGGGUAGCCUUCCCACAAGAAGAGGACGACAGUAUGUUCGGCUUUGGUCUUCCCGUUUGGAAAAGAAAUAUCUUCUACUGAGAUCUAGAAAAGUGGGCCACUUUGACUCACCACAAUGGACUUUUUAAAGUACAACAGCCAAGCCCUUAUUCAAAGGAUGGGCAUAGUAGUUACAAGGCAAAUCUGUGAUGACCUAUUUGCAUUGAACGUUCUCAACAAUGAAGAAGCUGCCAUCAUUUUCUGUGAGCCACUGGAGCAGGAAGCCGCGCGGAAGAUCAUCCACAUGAUUUUGCAGAAGGGCUCGGCUGCCUGCAACCUUUUUCUUAAGAGUCUUGAAAACUGGAACUAUUUUGUGUAUCAGGACUUAACUGGACAAAAUCUUUUUUAUCAGAACAAAGAAGAAAACUUGAAUGUUUUGGCCCAGAAUUUAAAAUACCUAUACCAAAGCCCUGCUUUUCUGAACUUCUUUCCCCUGGGUAACGAUAUCGACAUCAUUUUUAAUCUGAAGAUCACCUUCACAGAACCUGUCUUGUGGAAGAAGGACCAUCGUCAUCACCGUGUGGAGCAGCUGACUUUGGGCAGCCUGCUGGAGGCUCUUGAGAGCCCCUGCCUAAUUGAAGGGGAGUCUGGCAAAGGGAAGUCCACCUUGCUGCAGAGAAUUGCCAUGCUCUGGGCGUCUGGGGAGUGCACGGCUCUGAAUCGGUUCAAAUUGGUCUUCUUCAUCCGCCUGAGCAGUGCCAUGGGUGGACUAUUUGAAACAUUGUGUGAUCAGCUCUUGAACUUACCUGACUUCAUCAGCAAGCCAACCUUCAUGGCUCUGCUGGGGACGCUACACAAGGAGGUCCUCUUCCUCCUUGAUGGUUACAACGAAUUCCAUCCCCGGAACUGCCCAGAAAUUGAGGCCCUAAUAAAGGAAAACCAUCGUUUCAAAAACACAGUCAUUGUCACCACCACCACAGAGUGCCUGAGACAUAUCAGACACGUUGGCGCCCUGACUGUGGAGGUGGGAGAUAUGACCGAAGACAGCGCCAAAUUUCUCAUCCAGGAAGUGCUGAUAAAUGAGCUGGCUGAAAGCCUGCUGUUCCAGAUUCAGGAGUCCACGUGCUUGAGAAAUCUGAUGAGGACCCCUCUCUUCGUGGUGAUCACCUGUGCAAUCCAGAUGGGCAGAAAGGAAUUUAAAGCUCAAACACAAACCAUGCUGUUUGAAACCUUCUAUGACCUCCUGAUACAGAAAAACAGGCACAGACACAGAGGGGGAACUUCAAGUGAUUUUGUCAGGAACCUAGACUACUGUGGAGACCUUGCCCUGGAAGGUGUGUUCUCCCACAAGUUUGAUUUUGAACAUGAGGAUCUGUCUAGUAUGAAUGAGGACAUCCUGGUGACAACUGGGCUCCUCUGUAAGUACACAGCCCAGAGGCUGACGCCCAAGUAUAAAUUUUUUCAUAAAUCAUUUCAGGAGUAUACAGCGGGUCGGAGACUCAGCAGUUUGCUGAUGUCCAGAGAGCCAGAGGAGGUGAGCAAGGGAAAUAGCUACUUAGAGAAAAUGGUUUCCAUAUCCGACAUCACAUCCCUGUAUGGCAAUCUGCUCCUGUAUACUUGUGGGUCAUCCAUAGAAGCAACCAGGGCUGUCAUGAGGCACCUUGCAAUGGUAUAUCAGCAUGGCAGCCUACAAGGACUUUCUGUCACCAAGAGGCCUCUCUGGAGGCAGGAAUCAAUACAAAACCUGAGAAAUACCACUGAGCAAGAUCUUCUGAAAGCCAUCAAUGUAAAUUCCUUUGUAGAGUGUGGCAUCAAUUUAUUCUCGGAGAGUAUAUCUAAAUCAGCCCUGAGCCAAGAAUUUGAAGCUUUUUUUCGAGGUAAAAGUUUAUACAUCGACUCGGAGAACAUCCCUGACUACUUAUUUGACUUCUUUGAAUACUUGCCUAAUUGUGCAAGAGCGCUGGCCUUCGUGAGGCUGGAUUUCUAUGGAAGAGCUACAGCGUCACAGGACAAGGCAGGAGAGAAUGGCCCUGGAGUUCACACCGAAGGGGCCUCAGAAAUCUACAUUCCCAGCAGGGCAGUGUCUUUGUUCUUCAACUGGAAGCAGGAAUUCGAGACUCUAGAGGUCACACUCCGAGAUAUUAACAAGUUGAGUAAACAAGAUAUCAAACAUCUGGGGAAGAUCUUCAGCUCUGGCACCAAUCUCCAGCUGUGUGUAAAGAGAUGUGCUGCCGUGGCUGGAAAGUUCAGCGCAGUCCUCAGAACCUGCAAAAACCUCCAUUCCCUCAGGGUGGAAGCUAGUGCCCUCACCUCGGAUGACGAGCAGCACAUCACAUCUGUAACAAACCUCCAGAACUUAAGCAUUCACCACCUGCACACUCAACGGCUGCCAGGUGGUCUGGUUGACAGCUUGGGGAAUCUGAGGAACCUCGUGAAGCUCAUACUGGACGACAUUAGGAUGAACGAGGAAGAUGCUAAAAGCCUAGCGGAAGGCCUGCGAAACCUGAAGAAGAUGCAUUUAUUCCAUUUGACUCGUUUGUCUGACAUUGGGGAGGGGAUGGAUUACAUAGUCAAGUCUCUCUCAGAAGAACCUUGUGAGCUACAAGAGAUGAAGUUGGUGUCCUGCUGUCUGACUACAAAUUCUGUGAAAACUCUAGCACAGAAUCUUCACAAUUUGGUAAAGCUGAGCAUUCUUGAUAUAUCAGAAAAUUACCUGGAAAAGGAUGGAAAUGAAGCUCUCCAGGAACUGAUCGGCAGGCUUGGUGUUCUGGAACAGCUAACCACAUUGAUGCUACCUUGGUGCUGGGAUGUGUAUGUCAACCUACCCAAGCUGUUGAAGCAAUUGGAGGGGGCCCCAGGGCUUGCCAGACUUGGAUUGAAAAACUGGAGACUCGGAGACAAAGAGAUUAAAAGUUUAGGUGAAUUUUUGGAGAUGAAGCCUCUGAGACACUUGCAGCAGUUGGAUUUGGCGGGACACCGCGUGAGCAGUGACGGAUGGCUUUCCUUCAUGGAUGCGUUUGAGAAUCUCAAGCAGUUAGUAUUUUUUGACUUUAGCACUGAAGAGUUCUUACCGGACCCAGCUCUGGUGAGGAAGCUGAGUCAAGUGUUAUCUACGUUAACUCUGCUGCAAGAGGCAAGGCUCACAGGCUGGGACCUUGACAACUACGAUGUAGGCAUUAUUCAAGGUGCCUUCAAACUAGUGACUGACGCCCCCAAGCCGCCAAAUACUCCCUGACUUUCAGUGAAUUGUUAAAAACCAUGCAGAAGUGGGGCUGCAGAGAUGGCUCAGAGGUUAAGAGCACUGGCUGUUCUUCUACAGGACCUGGGUUUGAUUAGCAGCACCUACAAGGUAGCUCACAACCAUCCCUAACUCCAGUUCAAGGGGAUCCAACAUCUUCUGAUCUCUAUGGAUACCAUGCAGGCAGAACACUCAUAUACAUUAAAUAAAAUUUUAAAAUACUUUUAGAAAAUCUUGAAGAAGGAAGUCAAAGAAGAAAAAGAAAGGGAAGGGGCUUGAGAAACGAGUUUGGUCUCAUCUCUGCACACAGGGCAGUCUCCUGACCUUCAGCUGUGUGUUUGUUACUUGGCCUCAAGAAUACAGGGUCACCAAACCUUGAGAUACCCUGUUCAUCUGUCCUUAGUGCAGUACUGGGCCUAUAUAGACUCAACAAGUACUUGAUAAAUACAUGACAACUAAAUUACCAAGAAAUCAAAUUGUCUAGAGAACAGGCUUCAUAUAUGCUAUUUAAUUUAGCUUAAUUAAAACACUUUGGAAUGUAUAGAGUACGUUCUCACAUGAAAAGCAUUCUCAGAUUUCAAAGAGGCGUCCUUUAAAAAAAAAAACAAAACCACUGAUUUGUGUGUAUGUCGUGUAUAUACCAUGGUGGACCUGCAGGGUCAAAGGUACAACUUGUGGGAGUUUGCUUAACUCAGGUCACUGGGCUUUGUGGUAUUAAGUGUCCUUGUCUGCUGAGCUGUUGGCCAGCCCCAAAUGGGCAUUUCUUGUCAAGCAAAAGUUGGCAGUUUAAAAGCUGCUUAAUUAGAGGCUCCAAACUCAGGAUGUCUUCCAGGAGUUCAUGUGAUCACUGUGAUUCCAACUUUGACCUCCGAAACCAAGGUCGAAAGGAAAACUGUCUCUUAUUCUUUUGUACCCCACCACUGUAUGAGGGAUACCCUGCUCUAAUAUUUUUGUCUAUCACCUUCCAAAAUAACCACCUUUCAUAUAAAGUCUAACAACAAAAAAAACCCUCUCUUGUCUAAAGAUGGAAAAAUCCAAAGAAUCUGGGAGAGCUGGGGGCAAAACGCCUAGAAUGAAGUUAGCCUGCAGUUUGUCUUCUGGCCUCAUGGUUCCUCAAGGGUGCUGCUGUAGGUCUAUAUGUCUAUAUGUUGUGGUCAUGUUAAAAAAAAAAAAAACUGAGUAUAUUGUGGUCAUGUUAAAAAAAUUCUGGUUAUAGAACUACUUAGCAGUUGGACAUAUAUUGUACAGAUUUAAUUGUAAAAUUUUAGAUAAUUUGUAAAUCAAUUCAUUCCUUCCCCUCCCUAACUGUACAAAUGAGAGAGCUCAGAGAAGAUAAAUGACAUCCGUGCCCAUGACUACCAAACUUUGAUAUACAAGUAUACCAGGAUUGGAAUAAAAUUCUUUUGCCUAGUCCAGUCA